AUGGAAACUCCGACAGUACAGUCUAGGAUCAAAGGAUCCAUCUUUGGUGUGGCAGUUGUUGAUGCCCUCGGUGGGCCGGUAGAAUUCCAACCACGGGGCAGCUUCAUUCCAGUAACCCACUUCAUGCACAAUGAUACCUUCGAUGUUCCACCUGGCACAUGGACUGACGACACAUCCAUGACCCUAUGUCUUGCUCACUCCCUCAUUGCCUCAAAUGGCAAUUUCAUCCCCCAGGCUGCAAUCCGCAACUAUAUCAAGUGGCAUGAGAAUGGCUACUUAUCAGCUACUGAUGAAUGCUUUGAUAUCGGGUCCGGAACCAGACAAGCGUUGACGAUAUGGAGACACUACUUUGAGAGAUCGCCUCACAUUCGCGAAAAUGACCCGAAUGGCCACGAGGGCGGACAGCCUGAAAUCGACAGAGCCUUGAAGCGCGAAAUGUUUUGUGGAAACGGGUCCCUUAUGCGCGUUGCACCCAUUGGACUGGUGUAUUUCCGGGACAUGGAUAGAGCAUUGUCCAACGCUGCGCUUUCCUCAAAUGCCACUCAUCCUUACCCCACGUGCGCCGAGUGCUGCCAGAUCUACACCAGGCUCGUUGUGCGCGCUAUGAAUGGCUCUAGCAAGGAAGAUCUUGCAAAAGAGUUCGCUAGGACUGAUUUCACAGAUGUUAAGGUGAGGCAGCGGCUUGAUCGUUAUUUAGGUCUCACCGAUUGGGAAAACACGGAUGAAGAUUAUAUCAAAUCGUCGGGAUACGUUCUUUCCACGCUCGAGGCUGCUCUGUGGGCUUUCUUUACUACAAGCACCUUUAAAAGCGGAGCUGUCAAGGUCGUCAACCUGGGCGAUGAUGCCGAUACUGUGGGGGCGGUAUAUGGAGGGCUGGCAGGAUCAUAUUACGGAAUCGAAGAGAUACCAGCUGAGUGGAUUGCGGGCCUACAGAAGAAAGAUGUUGUUGAAGACAUCGCAUCAGGGCUCUGUUCUCUUACUGAGUGA